UUCAGACUUACAUAAUACAUCUAUUGUCCCACUUGAUGAUGUACUGUAAGUCAUUUAGGUUCUGUUCAUUUUCCUUCAUAUGUCUUUUAAAAUUUUCUUCCUCAGCCUUAAUAAUUACACAUGACCUGCCUUCAACCUCACUGAUUUUUCUGCCUAUUGGCGUGUGCUGAGAAACUCCCCUAGUGAAUUUUACAACGCAAUCAAUGUGUUUUUCAGCUUCAGAAUUUAUGGGAUGUUUUUCUGGUAAUUUCUGUCUUUAUUCUAUAUUCUCAUUUUGUUUAUAAAUCAUUUCCUGAUUUUGUUUAGUUGUCUGUACAUAUUUUCCUUUAACUCAUUGGUCAUAUUUAAGAAUGUUGUUUUAGUCUUUGACAAGAAAGUCUGAGGGCUGUGUUCCUUUAGAGAAAGUUUUUGGAGAUUCGUUUUUUUCUUUUAAAUUGACCACGUUUACCUGUUUCUUUGAAUACCUUUGGUCGAAAACUGGACAUUUGCAAAAACAGCUCCCUCUCAAUGUUCUUAUCUGGCACUAUUCAGGGGAGGACUUUCACUCUGCAGCUAAGUGUGAAAUCUAAACAUUCUCUGAGGCCUGCAUGGACAUGUGUCUUGCCUGGAUUUAUAUGUAUGCAUUUUUAAAUAAUUCUCUCAUAUACACACUGCUUUUAUGCCACAAUUUUACUAAGAGCCAUACCUGCCUCUUCAUGACCUUAGAUGUUCUACUGUAUUCCUCUAUCCAUAAAGAAACCUACUUGGUUGUCUGACAAAAAUCUUUCAGUAAAAGUAAGACUAGUUGGAGGUAAAUAAUCACUAUUUAAAAAAAAAAAAAUGGGUAAAAAAAUAAAUGCUGCAAUUCCACACUAGAAAGCAGAUAGAAGUAUAGCAAAAUGACGAUUUUGGAAAUGGAUAGGACACAGAGAACAAGUCGUAAGUCCCAGGGAGACAAAAUGCUAAUGAGAGCUGAUUAGAGAAGAGCCAAGAGGGACUACAGUUUGUUCCACAACUCAGAACUGCAGUGCUGUGGCAGAAGGUAAGCAGCUGCGGCCCAUUUAUACUUAGGCAAUUUCCAUCACAGUGGGUGUGGGAAGAGUCAGGAACCAAGAGGCAGGCAUUGAGGGGUAGCCUCCGGCACCAGUAAAGUAUCAGAAGAGGAACUGGCCAGGCGCGGUGGCUCAAGCCUGUAAUCCCAGCACUUUGGGAGGCCAAGGCGGGUGGAUCACGAGGUCAAGAUAUCGAGACCAUCCUAGUCAACAAGGUGAAACCCCGUCUCAACUAAAAAUACAAAAAUUAGCUGGGCAUGGUGGGGGGCCUGUAAUCCCAGCUACUCGCGGGGCUGAGGCAGGAGAAUUGCCUGAACCCAGGAGGUGGAGGUUGCAGUGAGCGGAGAUCGCGCCAUUGCACUCCAGCCUGGGUAACAAGGGCGAAACUCUGUCUCAAAAAAAAAAGAACAGGAACCAGGGACUUUGAAACCACAGAACCCAUACUGUAAACACUGCAACAAUAACCUGUUUUCAAACAUAAUUUCACCACAUUCACCUCUGACCCAACUCAGCAAUCAACAUUAAAAGGGAACAACUUGACAAUUUCGUAAUGAAGCAAACCUUGAUCCAUUGUUCACAGUGACACAUCUGGUAACUUAGUUCCUUUUUCUCAGACACAUCCAAGGACAACGUUUUGGCCUGGCCACUCACUCACAAAAGCACGUCUCAUUUUUGAAAAUUGUCUGCAUAAAUGUGUAAUGUAGUGUGUCCGUUUUACUUUACAGGCCAAGCAACGACUUCAGAAAUGGUGAAUGAAUACGAGAAAAUUGUUUUGCUGAAAGGAUUAGAGAACAUGGAUAAUUAUCAUUUUACAACAAUGAAGUCCUUACUGGCCUGUGAUUUAGGACUAACUUCAGAAAUGCAAGAGGAAUGUAACAGAAUUCAGAUUUUAGAUUUGAUGGUAAAAAAGUUCCCAGGUGUUGCCUGUGUAGACAAACUAAUAGAACUGGCUAGAGAUACGUCACUACUUAAAAAUCUUGUUAACAAGCUUCGAAAAGAGAAGUCAAAAGGUAAUAGGAAAAACCUUGCAUAUGGCUACUCUGCCCUGAGUCUCCCCAGUCUUGAAUAUUGCACAGCACAUGACCAACCUGUCAGCAUCAUGCAAGCCUUAGAAAAUGUGAAAGCAAAAGAAAUCACUCCAAUGAAAAAAGGAAACCAGGAAAAAGUGGGUCCUGCGGCACCUGCACCCACCGCAAGAAACACGCUCACAUCUGAGGGAGGAGAGAAGAUUCCUGUAGCUCAGAAAAGAAAAACUCUUAUCAAAGAAAAGACUGGAGUCAAAAGGAACAAGGUGACCCAGGAGCAGAGUCAGCCCCCACAUCCCUCAGGAGCCAGCACAUCUGAAGCUAUGGGCCAUCCCCCAGCACCCCAGACCCCAUCAUCAGCUCCAUCCAACACUUCAUUUACUCAGAAUCAGAAAACCCAGGCCCUACGUCAGGUGGAUGCAAGAAGAAGUGUUCUCCAGAAGGGCCCAUUGACAGUGAUGGUACUGAAAACAACAGAGCCAUUUAAAUAUGAGUCCCCAGAAAAAGGGAAAAGCAUAAUGUUUCAUGCUACAGUGGCAAGUGAGACUCAAUUUUUUCAAGUGAAAGUCUUCAAUACCGACUUGAAAGAGAAAUUCAUGAAGAAGAAGGUCAUUACCAUAUCUGAUUAUUUUGAAUGUAAAGGAAUAAUGGAAAUAAAUGAAGCAUCAUCUGUGUUUGAAAUUGAUCAAAAUUUUGAGGUCCCAAACAGAAUUAUCAAAGGAGCAAAUAAUCCCAAGAUCAAUCAUCUUUAUAAGCAAGCAUCUGGAACAAUAGUGUACGGGUUGUUUACGUUAAAAAAGAAAAUAGUACACAAGAAGAACACAAUCUAUGAGUACAGGAUGAUACAGGAUAAUACAGGAACCAUGGACAUAGUGGGGAAUGGAAAAUGGCACAAUAUCAAGUGUGAGGAAGGAGAUAAGUUUCGACUCUUCUGCUUUCAACUGAGAACAAUUGACUACAAGCUGAAACUGAUGUGUGGAAUUAACAGUUUCAUCAAGGUCAUCAAGACCAAGAAAAAAGAAGGACCAAUGAAUAUUAAUUGAAAUCUGCAAGCUGCAAUGCAACAAACAACUUCUGCUUAAAACAAUUGUUAAUAGCUGUGUGUAAAUCUUCAGUAACACAUUUAAAUAAUGGAUUUAGUAGAUAUAUUCUAGCAUAUUAAGAGAAUUUAUAUCUAAGUUAUAGAUUAGGUUGCUUUCUGGAUUAAAAUUUUCUUCUUAUAGGCUU